AUGACAAAUCUCAAACGCUAUUUCGUCAAGCACCUGAUCACCUUCUCCCUCCAGAAAGGAGAUGUGAGCACAGUGGAGGAGGCACAGUCUCGCCUCCACCAGCUGGCAAAAAGUGGAAAACUGUGGAGUCAGCAGAUGCUGCUGGACGUCGGACCUGAUGCCGUUUAUCUCAGAGGCAUCCAAACUGAGGAAGAACUGGAGAACUACUCCUUCAAGUCCAUCUUUCGAUGUGACUCAAUAAUCUCAGAGGAGCUCUUCCCAUCCCUGCUCCUCCUGGUGUGCCAGAGCGUCCACGAGAAAAAACCGGAAAUUCUCUUCUUCAACUGUGAGAACAAGAAGGCUGAACAAAUCUGCGAGAACAUCACGCAGGCUGUUUCCAAGUCCGGCAGGAGUAACAACAGUCCGGAUCUGAUCAGAAUUUCCCGGAACGACGGGGACAUGAUGGACCCUUACGGCAUCCCGAGCCACCCAAUCGCGCACGCGCCCAACCCCCCACCUAUUAAUCCUCCACCUUACCCGGGGCCUCGAGUCAACGGAGGUCCUGACAUCUCUCUACUCAGAGCCGAGAGAGAAGUGGGCAUUCUCAAUCACUGCUUCGAUGACAUCGAAAGCUUCAUGUCUAAACUGCAGCAGACGGCCGAGGCUGCCAUUGUGCUCAACCAGAGGAAGAAGAAGAAGAAAAGCAAAAAACAGAGUGCGGAAGAGGAUCUACUAACCAUCAAGGCCAAGCCACCACCAGAGGAAGAGUUUGUGGAUAUCUUCCAGAAAUUUAAAUAUUGCUUCAGUCUUUUGGCACGUUUGAAGUCAACCAUAGCUAGUCCUUCCUCAGACGAGCUUGUUCAUUAUGUAUUUAAACCUUUGGAUAUGAUGGUGAAGACCACCGGGGGCCCGGCUCUGGCCGCCUCUGUGUCCAGCCCCGCCCUGACCGGCGCCGCCGUGUCCUUGCUGCAGGACAACCUGGAUGUCGGCGAGCGGCAACUGUGGACGUCGCUCGGUCCCAACUGGACGCACUCUCGAUCGGAACUACGAGGACCCAUCGCCCCGUAUAAGCCCGUCUUCCUGGACGGAUGGAACCCAAGGAUACAUCGGGACGACGGGCAGGUUUGGGAGGAUCCGAUCGAGGCGCAACACAAACACGAAGCCCUAAUGCUCAAGCAAGAGCAGUACCAGCUCAACAGUAACAUCAGCGACGAAAUAGAAAACGCCACUCCUCCAGAGCCGGAAAAAGUCUACAGCUGCAGUUACGACUUCAUUGCCAGAAACAGCACUGAGCUGUCGGUGCAACAAGGGGAGACGCUUGAGGUACUGGAGUCAUCCAAACGCUGGUGGAAGGUUCGCAAUCGUUUCAACCAGGUGGGCUUCGUCCCCUUCAAUAUUCUGGAGCCUAUCGAACACGUGGAGAGUCCCGUCACUAUCAAGCCGCCCCCAGCUCCGGCCGCGCCUCCGAUAGCCAAGACUUUCACCCCAGCCGCUCCUCCCUUGCCCCAACUGCGCCACAACCCGUCGGUCCAACGCGUACCACACACCUUACCCGCCUACAGCCCGCAAACGCCUGCUACGGAGGAAAAUGAUAAAGUCAUGUUGGUGAACGACGAGCUGCUCCAAAGGUUGACCAACGGGAAGUCGAUCAACAGCAAGCCUCUCAUCAUAACUCGAUCGGCGGAAACCUCGCUCCCGCUCGACUAUCACUCCACUCCUGAGGAUGUGGCGUCGUGGUUGGCGGGGAAAGGCUUCAGUGAACCGACGGUCAGCUGUUUGAGGGUCCUGACAGGCGCUCAGCUCUUCUCCCUCAGCAAGGACGAAUUGCGCGAAGUCAUCCCGGAGGAAGGCGCUCGGGUCUACAGCCAGUUGGCGGUGCAGCGAGCACUCCUGGAGGACGCUCGGAGAGCCACGGAGCUGGAGGCAGUGAUGGAGAAGCAGAAAAUGAAGGUGGAUCUAAAAUUGGAGAGCAGUACACUGUGA